AUGCAGGUGCACUUGACCGGGUUCCUGGAACACAACGCCGCGGCGGGUCGAUACCACCUCUACGUCUCCUACGCGUGCCCGUGGGCGUCGCGGUGCCUGAGCGUCCUCGGGCUGAAAGGCAUCGGGAGGGACGUGGUGAGCGUCUCGAGCGUGCAUCCGACGUGGGCGAAGACGAGACCGGACGACGUCGACGACGCGCACUGCGGCUGGCGGUUUUGGCGAGAGGACGACGACGACGACGCGACGGUGUCCAACCCCGCGGGCGUCGGCGCGUUCCCCGGGGGCGCGAAGUAUAACUGCACCGCGGACGAUCUGCACGGCGUGACGUACGUCAGGGACUUGUACGACAUGGUGAACGCGCCGAAAGGGACGCGGUUCACGGUGCCGAUUCUGUGGGAUAAAAAGACGAACUCGAUCGUCAGCAACGAGAGCGCGGAUAUCAUUCGCGACCUGUACACGCAGUUCGACGCGUUCGCGAAGAACCCGGACCUGGACCUGUACCCGGAGGCGCUGCGCGACGAGAUCGACGCCGUCAACGAGUGGGUUUACCACGGGAUUAACAACGGCGGCGCGUACGAAGAGGCUGUGAACGAGCUCUUUCGGUGCCUGGACAGAGCCGAGGAGAUUCUGUCGAAGCGACGAUACAUCGCCGGCGACGUCCUCACGGAAGCGGACGUCCGCUUGUUCCCCACGCUCGUGCGGUUCGACGAGGUGUACGUCGUCUAUUUCAAGUGCAACCGGAAGUUCAUUCACCAGUACCCGAACCUGCACAACUACGUUCUGGACGUGUACCAGACCCCGGGGAUGAGAGAGAGCGUGGACAUGUGGCACAUAAAGACGCACUACUUCACGUCGCACCCGGGGUUGAACCAGCACGCGGUCGUGCCGGUCGGGCCGGGGGUGGACCUUGACGCGCCGCACGACCGCGCUCGGUUCGAGAAGAAGGCGUGAGCGACAACGCGCGUCGUCGUUUUUUUACGCCUCGCCUCGACGCCGCGGUAGUAACAUAACAUAACGUCUUCGUCACGUGCGUUUUAUUAUUCAUUUCAUGCGCGCGUC